UUACCUUUAUCACAAAAGACCAACAACAAAUAAAUUACUGUAUAAUCGUUAAUUCGCUCAAAACAAUAAACAAAUCUUUAAAAGUAGUAGAAUGUCAGAUCUCAGCAUCAGCGGAGCUCAAGUUCAGCCGCAGCCACAUCCACUUCCGCCUGUUACGGAACCUUUUAGGAUAACUACAAACGCCCCACAAAUGUGCGAUGCCAACUUGACCCCAGGACGACGAAAGCUUCAAAAGUGGUUAGGUCGUGUGCUACGAAUUGUAAUAACCGAUGGACGUGUCCUCGUGGGUUUCUUUAAUUGUACGGAUCGAGAUGCCAACAUUGUGCUCUCCAUGUGUGCCGAAUAUCUGGUAGAGGGGCAAGAGCCUCGUUUACUAGGUAACGUUAUGGUGGCCAAAAAACACAUUGUAUCGCUUAAUAUCGACGAGCCUACACCCUCUACGAGUCUUCCAACGCAAUAGACAGGGAUUCGUUAAGUCCCUUAGUUCUAAUAAUUAUUAAAAGAUGUGCAUACAACACUGAGCAAUAAAAGUUAUACGCCAUAUGUA